CAUGUGCACAGCUGAAGCAACUGCAUCUCUGCUCCAAGUGGAGGAAACCUUCUCAGCAUGCCUGGCACGGAUAGAUGCCCUCAUCCUCAAGCCUCUGCUGCAGGCAGAGCCUAAUGACCAGAAGGGAAAGGAGAACUUCAAGCUCUUCCAGCUCCUAAACGAUCGAUUUCAAGCUCUCUGGAACCUCACGGAAGAGAGUUACUGGAUACUGAAGCAAAAGUGGAGCACCUCUGAGGCAUUCUGCAUCCAGGACAUUUACACCAUCUGGAAAGGAGACUUGUUUCUAAGUGUUUACAUCCAAUACUUCGUCACGUUUGCCAACUACGUCGUGGUGCAGGGCUUCGAGCAUGCCACAAAGAGCAAAAGUGAAGCCUGGAAGCACCACAAGACAGUGCUGAAGCAAUUCCUCACAGACUUCACCUCUGAGAGCUCCAUGUCACUGGCCUUGUACACUGUUCUUCACAAGCCUAUCCGAGAUCACAUCGAGCACUAUGUACAGCUCCUGACCAAACUGAAGGAGGCUCUCCAAGAGGGCUCUGAGAAGGAUGUGGUUAUCACUGCCAUCAAGGAGUAUGUGAAGCUGGAGUCUUUCAUCAGCCAAGUCCUGGAUGAAGCUUGUUUUACCAAGUCCCUGUGGAAAAACCUGAGCUACAAAUUCACGGACAUCCUCUGUGUGCCUGAAAGGAGGCUGCUGGAGGACAGCAAAAAUCUUCCCAUCGCCGCCAGCACGACUCGCUCAGACCGGAUCCUGCUCUUUGAUGAUGUCCUUGUGAUCAUCCAGGGAAACAGCUUCCAGAGUUUUGAUCUGAAGCUUGUCUGGGUAGAUGACAACCACAAGGAGAAAUCAGCUCCAGGACUGUAUGGAUUCUCCAUCAUAACCCCUGAAGAAACCUUCUCCCUCACUGCCAAAGACCCACAGAUGAAGGCUGUGUGGCAGUGGAAGCUGAACCAGGCUGUGCGGCAGGCACUGAAUGGGAAGAGAGAUUUCCCCUUGUGGGGCAGGACUGGCGAAGGCAUCCAGCCCCCCUGCUGCCGCUUCUUCACCUACCUCUUCAGGCUGGAGGGCAAGUUCCGGAGUGCCACCUACGAGGGCGAGUGGCGCUGGGGAAAGCCACACGGCAAGGGGACCCUGAAGUGGCGUGAUGGACGCAACCACGUUGGGGACUUCAAGGACGGCUUGGAGCAUGGGUUUGGGAUCUGCCUUGUCCCACGCCAGGCUGAAGACCGCUAUGACUGCUACAAGUGCCACUGGUAUGAGGGCAAGAUGAGAGGCUAUGGAAUCUGUGAGUAUGGCAAUGAUGUGGUCUACAAAGGUUACUUCAAAGACAACAUGCGCCAGGGCUUUGGGAUCCUGGAGAGCACCUCAGCUGAGCAUCCCUUCAGAUACACUGGAGAGUGGGAACAUGACAAGAAGAAUGGAUAUGGAGUCUGGGAAGACAAAGACAGGGGGGAGAGAUACAUAGGGACGUGGCUCGAUGACCGCAAGCACGGCCAAGGCAUUGUGGUGACCCAGUCAGGUGUCUGCUACCAAAGGACAUUUCAUGCUGAUAAGAUGGUGGGUUCUGGGAUCCUGCUGUUGGAGGAUGACUCUGUCUAUGAAGGGAACUUCACGGAGGAUCUAACCUUUGUUGGAAAGGGAAAGCUGUCCUUUGCCAAUGGCUUCAUUCUGGAGGGCACCUUCACUAACAAAUCAGGCCAAGGUCUUCAGACCCACGGCAUCCUGAACACGUCCCACGAGCAGCUGGACGACAGCAUAACCAAAGCUCAGCUGGGCCUUGAGGAGUUCCCAGUGGAGAAGAGAUGGAAAGGAAUUUAUGACCAGUUCCUGGAGUUCAUCCACUCUGGCUGCAAAGAAGAAAUGGAAGAGUCCUUCACAGGGUUCCACGUUCAAACCAGCAAGGAGCUGAGGAAGUCUCAGGAGUACCUCUUCUGCCAGAGGGGGACUGAGGAAGUGUCCUGGAAGAUAGAAGAUAUUCUAGAGGAGCUUGUCUUGCACCAGGAGCUGGAGUCCCUCCAGAGCUAUUUAGAGAAGGCACUGAAGUCCUCCCUACACCCACUGGGAAAGCUGCUGAAGGCCUUGACCAUAGCUUUCCAGGCAACAUAUUCUGGGAUUGGGGCCAACAGACACUUGCUGACCAUGGCACAAGAGGAAGUCAAGUACUAUGCAAAGAAAAUAUGGGAGUUCUACCAGGGUUUGCUCCACCUGGCACUGGAACAGAAAGGCCAACAGCCUGCCCCAUGUGUGGAUGAAGGUUCAAGUGACCAGAAGGCAUGCAGUGUGGUCCUGCCACUGAUCCUGCCCUGCUUCUACCCCGAGCUUUCCAUGCUCUACAUGCUCUAUCAUGAAAGGGAAGAUGACCUCUACUGCCAAGGCAUUGUGGACCUUAGCUUGUUUCCUGACAUCAAGCUGCUGGAGUUUCUGGAUGUGCAGAAACACCUCUGGCCUCUGAAGGAUCUCACCCUGACAACCAACCAGAGGCGGUCCCUCAUCAAAGACAAGUGCUUCCUGUCUGCCACUGAGUGCCUGCAGAAGCUGAUCACCACAGUGGACCCUAGGGAAAAGCUGUUGAUCCUUCAGAAGACCUACGAGGAGAUAGAGAGCACAGUGUCCCGGGUGGUGGAGAAGGACUACAAGCUGCCCAUGGAUGACCUGCUCUCUCUGCUGAUCUAUGUUGUAUCUCGAGCAAAAAUCCAACACCUGGGAGCUGAAAUCCACCUGAUCAGAGACUUGAUGGACCCCACCAACCAAGGAGGACUCUAUGACUUUCUGUUAACAGCACUGGAGUCAUGCUACAAACACAUCCAGAAGAUGAGGCUGAACCAGAGAGACAACUGCCCUGUGGCUCACAGCUCCUGAGCCUGAGGACCCCAAGGGAAUCUCCUCCCUCCUGCACUCUCUUGACCCAACACUGGUGGAUGAAGAAGCAGUUGUGUCACUGCUCUUCUGGCUGCUGUUGAAAAGGGAAGGAGAGGCCUUCCUCAGAGGAAGGCUUCUUGCUGGCUUUUCUCUUUAGAGUAGCUCAUAAAACACAGAGCUGGAUGCUGUGGGCUGCAAGUCUGCCCCCAGCAGCCCC